UAAUUCAAUGUUAUUACAUGGCUCUUUACAAACCCCUUUCACCCACAACAAAUAGUUUGGUAUGCCUGCUGUCUGGUUGGCACAUAGGCCAUAGUUAUAUUUAGCUUGUGUUUUGCAAACUGACCUGACCUAAUUUCCUCAUUGGUAGCCAACAGAGAACCAGAGAAAGGUCGCACCAGAGAAAGUAAGACAAGGGGAGAACCGUGGCUGUUGUGACAUGGCCUGCAGAAAUCCAGAGCUGGUGCCGUAUACUGUAAGAGCAACACCUUCUCCUGUGUUAUGCCCCGAUAACGACAGUUCUAACGAGGAGGCUGAGAUAAAUGUGAUGAUACCUGACACAAUUCUUCACAUAGAGACAGAAUCCUUCUUUGUGAACCGUCAACAGCUGGCUUUUCAGAGCCCCUAUUUCCGUGCACUUUUCUAUGGCGGCGGCAGAGAGAGUGGCAAGCGCCACGUUGAGAUCAAAGGUGUGGGUGUGGACCAGUUUCGUGUCCUGAUGGAAUACACCCAGACAUCCAAGCUAUCUCUCAGCAGAGAGAAUGUCCUGAGGAUCCUAGAGACAGCAGACUUCCUCCAGCUGGAGAGACCUAGGCUCCUAUGUUGCAAGUUCCUGGAGAGAGAGCUGCAUCUGAGCAACUGCUUGGGCAUGAUGUCCUACGCUUGGCAGCUGGGAUGCCGGGAGCUCUACACAGCAGCACGUGAGGUGGCUCUAACCCACCUACCUGCUAUCGCCACAGAGGAGGACUUCAUGUAUCUGUCCAAGGAGAGUGUGGCGGACCUCCUUGCCAGUGAUAAACUAUUUGUACCCAGGGAGGAUCAAGCCUUGGAGAUGACCUUACGCUGGGCAACCUUUGACCCCAGUCGGGAGGAGGACUUCAUGGAGUUGGUGGAGCUGGUGCGACUAGAGAACCUGUCUCUGCCCUACAUCACUGAUCUGCUCACCAGGCUUAAAGGGUCUGACCCACAAGCCAAACUCAUCUGUAAACUGAAUGACAAUUUUCCUACUAGCUGGUCUAUGUGCAGGUCCAUACCUCGGGCCAGAGAAACACUGUACAUACUCGGAGGGCCCCAUGACCAGGACAAACAGUCUCUCUACCAGUUUUACCCCCACAGUGGGAGAUGGCAGUCUCAUGCACCACUUCAGAGGAAGAAUCUCACACAGUACUCUGUGGCAGCAGUAGGAGAAAACAUUGUAGUCACCGGAGGCAACUUCCGUGAUGAGAUCUUUUGGUACAGCGUGGACUGGGUGCGGAUAUUCCAGUGUGGGAACGAGCGCUGGGUGGAUGGCCCUCCACUGCAGAAGUCCAGGCACAGCCACUGCUCUGUGGGCCUGGGGCAGGAGCUGUACGUCCUGGGGGGCACCAUGGACGAGGGGCCUGUGGCCCACGUGGAGAAGCUGCCGCUUGGGGCACAGGGCUGGGAGGAUGUCAGCCCCAUGGUGCGGGCUGUGGAUAGGGCUGCCACCGUUGCUCUGGAUUUGUGUAUCUAUGUCGCCUGUGGACUGGAUGAGAAUGGGGAGGUGUACAGCGGCAUUCAGAGAUACCUGGUGAAGGAGGACCAAUGGGACGUUGUCACCUACUCCCCUCUGCCCAGGUAUGACCUUCUUGCAACAGUGCUCAACGGGGCCCUCUAUCUCCUGGGAGGUCAGGCAUUGCGGCUAGAUGUGGAGACAGACGAAUGGACAGUUCUAGAAGAAGAAUGUCUGGACAGAAAGUUCUUUGGUGGCUGCACCACAGUCAAUGGGCAGAUCUACCUGCUGAGUGAGCGAAAGAUGAACAAAGCAUUCCCCAACAUGGUACUGAUGGAUCCUUACAUCGACACCUGCAUGGAAAUAGACAAUGCCAUACCCUGUCCUGUGCCUCUCCGUGGCUGUGUUACCAUGUGCUUGGUCACAUGACACUGGUGAGUUGCCAGUAAGCAUUUAGCAGUUCACAUCCUUCUCACCAACUCCCUCUCCCCAAUAUAAUAGAUAUUCUAUUGAAAUGGUCAGACACUUAUCAGCUAUUGAUUUUGCUUUUGAAUGAAAAGGUACAAACACAUUUAUCAAUAGUUUGAUAAAAGUUAUUUAUUGAUUUUGUUGACCUGGCCAGAGUGAACAAACUUAUGAGGUGUGUGCAUUCAGAACAAGACUAGUCAUGUGUUAUUGCCAUUUGUAUCAUUGCACUAGUAGAACUUUUAAUAAAAUAAACAUCCAAUAAUCAUGAUUGAAGGCCCAGUGCAGUCAAAAAUGUGAUGUCCCCGUGUUUUAUAUAUGCAGUACAUUUCCACACUAUGAGGUUGUGACAUUUGAAAAUGCUGAUAAUGCCCUUCAUCCCACCAAAAUAGUCAAACAUUUCAGGCGGUCUGUUCAAACAGCUCUUACACUAAAAGGGCAUUAUCAUAAUUUUCACAAUUUCACAGUUAAUAGACCAAUAAGAAAGAGAGUAACAAACCUCUCUGCCAAUAACAGCUAGUUUUCAGUUUUCCCCUUCCCACUCAGUCCACUCCCAGACAGUUCUAGCUAAAUUCUUGCUUGAGAAAUUGCUCUUUGCUAAGAAGAUGUUUUUGACCAUAACAACUAAUUGUGAACUUUAAUAUCUUCAAAACAAAGCAACUGUUUAGGUUAUGCAGAGGUUGUUGAUUCUGCUCUUCACAAGUCCUCACUGUCAGCCCUUGCUAUGGAAACAACAUUUCCCUAGUAUAACAUAAGGGUGUAACACUGGUGUUACAGUACAAAAGCAGCAUUAAGAGAGUGAGGCACACCUAGACCCUGGUAACAACAUAGUCAGUCUCAAAGAAGUGUGUUCCUACC